AUGGCGCCUCCAGUGCGGCCAUCCAAUGCCACGCUUCUUGCGCGGCUCGGGGAGGGCACGGCCAGGUUCGAGCUCCUCGAGGACCCCGUGCUUGCUCCCGCGCUGCCGGUUUGGCCCCGCCUCCACUGCUUCGCCAGGAUUGGCUCCUCGCUGAGGGGCGGGUGGUCGGCGGCGUUGAACAAGGUGGAGCACUACGGGGUCCAGAGAGUCACCGGCGAUGGCCGGUGCAUGUUUCGAGCCUUGGCUAAGGGAAUGGCAAAGACCAGGGGAAUUCCAUUGACCCCAAGGGAGGAGGUGCAAGACGCAGACGACCUACGGCUGGCAGUGAAAGAGGUUAUAUGUGAUAACCAAACCGAGCGUCAAAAGUAUGAAGAGGCGAUUAUAGCUAUUACAGUGGAUGAAUCUUUGAAACGCUACUGCCAAAGGAUAAGGCGACCUGAUUUCUGGGGUGGAGAGUCAGAACUCUUGGUUUUGUCUAGACUGUGUCGGCAACCAAUCAUUAUUUACAUUCCGGAGCGUGAGUACCGUGGACGGGGCAACGGGUUCAUCCCAAUUGCUGAGUACGGAUUGGAGUUUACCAAAGACUCGAAAGAGGGGAAGAAACGGGUGCCGGUGAGACUAUUAUACAGUGGGAAGAACCAUUAUGAUCUGCUGAUAUAA